AUGGAUAUAAGCGCGUCGCCCAAGCUAGGACAGAAGCGACCAUCUCAAGAAGAUGAGAGUAGCCAACAGGACGAGAACCCCAGCAAGAGACAGCGGGCAGCUCCCUUGGAGUCAGACCAAGAGCAAGAGCAAGAGAAAGAGCCGAACACCGCGACUGCCGACUCUGACAUUCAAAGCGACCCGACAGCCUCGGAAAAACUAAACAGACCCAGUGAAGCCAACUUUGCGCGAGAAGGUCUCCAAAGAUCUAUCGUACUCGCCCUGCAGCAUGUAGGCUUUGAAUCGUCAUCGCAGGAAGCUCUGGAGAGUCUGACAUCGACGACCGAGACAUACAUGACGACGUUUGUGGAACACGUCAAGCGCUUCGCCGAAUCUGCCAGGAGACGACAACCUACGCCAACCGACUUUGCUCAGCUGUUGCGCAAACACAACGUCCCCAUUGUCUCGCUGAAGCCGCAUCUCAAGAAUCCAGUGGCCAAGGAGAAGCUCCGAGUGGACUACUACGAUCCCUUGCCCAUCAUCCCGCAGACUGACUACUUCCGGACGACCCCAACAGCAUGGCUGGGUGAGGAGCUGGACGGCGACGCCGAGAGGCAAGAGAAGUCGUGGAUUCCAGAUGGGCUGCCGGCCUUCCCAAGCAAGCACACGUACAGGUUCACGCCCAAGGAGACGGCGGCGGUGGACCCGGCACAGAAGCGGACGGAGGCUUUGGCAGCUGCGCAGAAGGGGGAGAAGGCUCUCCGGACGAUCAAUCGUGCAACCAAGAUGAGCCAGCAGAAGGAGCUCAAGGACCUGGCGCAGAGAAACCCGAUGAGCAAGGAACGCUACGACGCGUGGGAGGCAAUGAUGAAGUCGAUGAUGCCGGAGCAGGCAGGAUCCUCGCGGGACCGGCAGGAGAUUGCAGAUCAUAGUGUGAUCGUGGACUCAUCUGUACGGUUCAGGCGCAGGGAGGUGCCAAGAACGAGCAACAGGGGGCCGCUUGGGACUGUGCAAAGCAAGAGCUGA